AUGCCAUCCGACAAGCAGAAAAACAGAGACGGCGAUGCCCGACGUGCGACUACCCACUUCUUUCAAUGUGACUCUUGUACCAAAAGUUAUGAGAAGAAAGACUCUUUGCAAAGACACAAGCGGGAAGUGCAUAUCCGGAAGUAUCGUUGCGGCCAAUGUGAUUAUCGCACGGGUAGGAAGACUGAGAUGGAGCGGCAUCAGGGAGCCCACGCUGUAGCUGUGGUACCCGUGAGAAAACACAGCUUAACGCCUGUUUAUUCGCCAAGAUGCAAACCUAGUACUUCCACGUCAAUUGCAGGGACCUCUGAAAAAGCUGAUGCAUCGUGGCGUCUUGUAAGAAUGAACUCACAGUCACCACCACGUGAUGAUCCAAGAUUGGACAGAUCUCGAGGGAAGUCACCCCGUCGUUCUCGCUCACCCCGUCGUUCUCGCUCACCGCGACGAAAAUCCAAAUCACCCCCAAAAGAACUACCGAAAUCGCCACGUCAAAAGAACCCGGAGUCUCCACAGCAUGAUGGAUCGGAAGCUUCCACUCGACAUAGCCGACAAUCUACGCCCGAACCAGAAGAAGAGUUGGAUUACGACGAAAGGUCCCCUUCACCACUUGACUUGCGAUAUUCAUCUAGGAAAAUGGCGUCGGAGACUGCAUCAACUAGUGAGUGGACUGAAAUAACUAGUAAGAAUGCUGAAACUCAAACUGACACUGAUAGUUCUCGUCAAAGAAUUCAGUCAGCACUGCAUGAACUUAGAACCGCUGGUCCCGGUGGGAAGGUGCCCCUGAACAAGUCUACUGACACAUUCCAGAUCCCCCCAGACGUCAUCUUCGUUCGCACCACUGAGCGCUACAUCACCAAGGAGGGAGAACUCUUGGAAGUGGUAACUGAGGAACUGAAAAAGAAAGAGUAG